UGGGCCCCCCCGCCGCCGGCCGAGCGCCGCGCUCGCGCUGACGCCCCGGCUCCCGCGCGCCCCGCCGGCCCCCGCGCUCACGAUGCUGCCGCCCGCACCCUCCCGCCUCGGGCUGCUGCUGCUGCUGCUCCUGUGUCCGGCGCACGUCGGCGGGCUGUGGUGGGCCGUGGGCAGCCCUUUGGUCAUGGACCCCACCAGCAUCUGCAGGAAGGCCCGGCGGCUGGCGGGGCGGCAGGCCGAGCUGUGCCAAACAGAGCCGGAAGUGGUGGCAGAGCUAGCCCGGGGCGCCCGGCUCGGGGUUCGAGAGUGUCAGUUCCAGUUCCGCUUCCGCCGCUGGAACUGCUCGAGCCACAGCAAGGCCUUCGGGCGCAUCCUGCAGCAGGAUAUCCGCGAGACGGCCUUCGUGUUCGCCAUCACGGCGGCGGGGGCCAGCCACGCGGUCACGCAGGCCUGUUCCAUGGGCGAGCUGCUGCAGUGCGGCUGCCGGGCGCCCCCCGGGCGGGCCCCCCGGCCCCCCGGCCUGCCUGACCUCUCCGGGCCCCCCGAGGGUAGCGCGGCCUGGGAGUGGGGCGGCUGCGGCGACGACGUGGACUUCGGGGACGAGAAGUCGAGGCUGUUCAUGGACGCACAGCACAAGAGGGGACACGGGGACAUCCGAGCGCUGGUGCAGCUGCACAACAACGAGGCCGGCAGGCUGGCGGUCCGGAGCCACACGCGCACGGAGUGCAAGUGCCACGGGCUGUCCGGCUCCUGCGCGCUGCGCACCUGCUGGCAGAAGCUGCCCCCGUUCCGCGAGGUGGGCGCGCGGCUCCUCGAGCGCUUCCACGGCGCGUCGCGCGUCAUGGGCACCAACGACGGCCGGGCGCUGCUGCCCGCCGUGCGCUCCCUCAAGCCGCCGGGCCGCGCCGACCUGCUCUACGCCGCCGACUCGCCCGACUUCUGUGCCCCCAACCGGCGCACCGGCUCGCCCGGCACGCGCGGCCGCGCCUGCAACAGCAGCGCCCCGGACCUCAGCGGCUGUGACCUGCUGUGCUGCGGCCGCGGCCACCGCCAGGAGAGCGUGCAGCUCGAGGAGAACUGCCUGUGCCGCUUCCACUGGUGCUGCGUGGUGCAGUGCCACCGCUGCCGCGUGCGCAAGGAGCUCAGCCUCUGCCUGUGACCGCGCCCGCCGCCGCCGCCGCCGCCCGCGCGCCAGCCGGGACCGCUGCCUGGCGCGGGACCCUCCCGGGCUCUGGAAACUGAUGCGGAGGGGAGUCGGAGGGCUGCUGGUGGUUGCUCUCCCCCCCACCCAGGCCGGAGCACCACACGUUCGCUCUCCCCACCCCCUGCCCGACUCUGGGGGCUUCUGGAGUCUCCGCAGGCCCUCUCUGGCCUCUCCACCCGGAUGGAAAAGCAAAGCAGCGGCAUCUCGGUUCCUGAUCUCGGGGGUUCCUGCCCACUGCUGGCCGAGUUUCCGAUCAAUAAAGAGAUA